AUGGCCUCUUCGAAGUUUGAGCGUUUGAUACGGUUUGUCAGUUCAUCCGGGGAUAUCUACUUUGGCGAGGUCCCUAAGGACCACCCCUACAACCAGAGUCUGAUAGGAAUCGAGGCGCCUGUAUACCAGGGCGCGUCGCCUUUUGAUCCGGACUUCAAGCUUAGUGGCGAGAAUUCUGAGGUCAAAAAGCUUCUGAGUCCGUUGGUAGAUGUCCCAUUCAUUUAUGGCGUCGGCCUGAACUAUAGACGGCACGCCGAAGAAGCAGGAGUUCCUAUUCCACAACAUCCCAAGACCUUCGUGAAGUAUCCCGAUGCUAUGACGGGUCCGUACGAUGACGUCCAUCUACACUCAGCGGCGCUUGAUGUGGACUAUGAGGGAGAGUUAGUGUUCGUGAUGGGUGAAAAUGUCAAGGACAUCGCAGAGGAUGCAGACCCCCUCCUCCAUGUCCUAGGAUAUACCAUCGGCAACGAUAUCUCGAGCAGAUGGUGGCAGGAAGCGGCUAAAGGCGGACAAUCGAAUUACGCGAAGUCCUUCGACGGGUUUGCCCCUCUUGGACCUGUUCUCGUCUCGUCAAAGCUCAUUCCAGACCCUGCGAAGCUCACACUUCGCACAUGGGUGAAUAACGAGAAGCGACAAGAGUCGGGUAUCGAUGAUUUGAUUUUUGAUGUCCCGGCGAUCGUUCGAUUUUUCAGUCAAGGUCGGACAUUGCGCAAGGGAGCCGUUGUGAUGACGGGCACGCCGUCUGGGGUUGGGAGUUUCCAGAAAGGGGGGCCCAAAUUCCUCAAGCACGGCGAUGUGGUGGAGAUUGAAAUCGAGGGGAUUGGGAGAGUCAAGAACAGAAUUAUUCAGUGAACUUCGGUACAGUACUCUAGGGUUACGAGAUUAUAUUAUUGCUAGAUGAUAUUUGCUGUGAUUGAUAAAUAUCUCGAUUUGAACC